CUUUAUAGGGAGGGCCCUCAACAGGUCUUGUCACAACAUUCUCUGGCCCUCUUUAGAUAGUAUGCUGACCAACACAGAGCUCCUAGAGGCAAACAUGGUCAAGGUCUUCUCUGUCGACUGGCUCGCACAGAGCAAUCACAACACCAACCCGAAAGAAGGACCUGUGGACACUAUACCAACCUACUGCAGACCCCAUGUUCCUUGUAUGGUACAGCCUCAACCGCCAACAUUUUAUAACAAGGUCUACCUCCAACCAAAACCAAAGACCACGAGGAUUGAACUCACGGAUUCCACUGAAGAACCUCAAAAUCUAGAAUCCAGGUUGAGCUCACCUCUGCAUCCGAUAACGUGUUCUUCCCCAAGUCUUUCAGAAACCAGCGGGUACACCUCGGGUUAUGACAGUGAGGCGGUCUCCUCGGAAUGUCCCUCUGUGGAGGAGGCGAGCGAGGGGGAGAGAGACGGUGGCCAACGACGUGUGCGUACUAGGUUCACACCGGAGCAGAUAGAAAAGCUGGAGAAGAUUUUCAACAAACACAAAUAUCCAGAUGCUGGAGAAAGAGUCAAAACGGCACUGAAGUUGAACCUCUCUGAAACUCAGGUGAGAACUUGGUUUCAGAACAGGAGGAUGAAACUGAAAAGGGAGCUCCAAGAGUAUCCAGUUCAGUCUCAGAUGAUGUUCCAGCCCAUUCGACCAUUUCAGUACCACGGCUUCCGUGAACAGCAACUCUCCCCCGCUGCAAACCACGUGAUAUACCAGCCCAUGGUGCAACAGAUCCCCAUGGAACAGAUGGUUUCUUAUCAACACCCUUACGCAUAUUUAUACUAAGGACAUUAAAAGCUACAGACUGAACU